AUGUUGAAGAUAUGGAGCAUGAAGCAGCAACAGCAAAAGAACGAAGCUGCCGCCGGUCCCGCAGCGAAGAAGAAGAAGGUGACGGCAGCACAACUGCGAGUACAGAAAGAUCUCAGCGAACUCGCACUCCCGCAAACCAUGAAAACCGUCUUCCCCAACCCCGACGACAUCCUCAACUUCACCCUGCACCUCACUCCGGACGAAGGCCUCUACAAGUCCGGCUCCUUCAGCUUCACCUUCGCCAUCAGUCAAAACUUCCCCCACGAGCCACCCAAAGUGAAAUGCCAGCAGAAGAUCUACCACCCCAACAUCGACCUCGAAGGGAACAUCUGCCUAAAUAUCCUACGCGAGGACUGGAAACCAGUGUUGAAUCUGAACGCGGUGGUGGUGGGCUUGCAGUUCUUGUUUCUGGAGCCGAAUGCGAGUGAUCCAUUGAACAAGGAGGCGGCAGCGGAUUUGCAAGGCGAUCGCGAUCGUUUCAAGAGGAAUGUCAGGAGUUCUAUGCAGGGCGGGAGUGUGAAAGGCGAGUCUUUUGACAAGGUUGUGAAGUAG